AUGAGCGAUUGGGGUAAUGCAUUCGAUGAUCAAUGCCGAUCGGAAGGGCUUGAAGUGCCAGAAAAGACCGAGGAGGUGCAGUCAAACUCGGAAAUGGAUCAAAAUGAGGAGAACAGAGGAUUCGGCGGAGCAGGAAUUGGUCGGGGAGGAAUGUUCGGAGGAGGAGCGAAAAUGAAUGCGCCACCGCCACAAACCUCGUUUGGUGCAACAUCAGGAACCAGAGUUGGAGGUUCGUUUGGAACUCCGAGUGGCCCAGACGGUCGAGGAGCUGCUAUCGGUUCAGCUGAGGAGCUCAAUGGAGGAGGUAACAUAAUUUCUGUUGGAUAUCGCAAAGCUAAACCUGCAUGCUCAUUCACUAAAAGUGGUAGCUUUGGCACUAACCACUCCCCGCCUUCUAUCUCACCAAGCACAAUCAAAACUAAUCACGAAGGAGGACGUUUUGGUGUUUUAUCACCUAAAACAUUCGAUUUUGUAACGAAAAGCUCUUCUGACCAGCCGAAGCCCCCGUCAGGAGGUCGCUUUGGUGCUCAAUCAUCAAUCAGUCGAACUUCUGUUGGAGGAUCAUUCGGAUCGAAACCAUCUUCAACAACAACGAAUACAACACCGAUAUUUGGCGGAAUCUUCAACGGAAAAGUCGAAGAUGUUGCCCCAACAAAAUCUUUCGGUGGAUCAUUCGGUUUGUCCACGAAGUCACCUCUUACGGCUGGAAGAAGUUUUGGUUCCAGUAUCAAGUCUCCUAUUUCAACAGAUGGCAAUUACGGAUCUGAAGUUUCUGUCACCAAAUCAGAAUCGGUGGAAAGCACUGCUUCUACGAUAUCCAUUUCAUCCCGGACAGCAGUCGAAGAAGUUGCAGUAGCUAAGCCAUUAGUAGAAACUGUGUCGAAACCAGUAGUUGGCGGAGCAUUUGGUGCUUCUAAGUCGAGUUCUGGGAUUUCCGUGGGUGGUGCUUUCGGUAAAAAACCAAACAUUCCUCAACCAGUUACUGCUCCCACACCGCCCCCUCAGAUACUUCUGGGACAGACUGCCAGAAUUAGUCAGCCAAGUUCAGUUGAAGAAAUAAAAAUUCAAACUACUGAAAAUGUAUCUGUCGGUGGUUCUAUCGGAUCGAAAUCUUUCGGUGUUCAAGACGGACAAAAGACGCUUGGAGGAAGUUUUGGUAGAGCACAGCCUUCGAACACUUUGAAUGCUCCACCGUUCGGAUGCCCGCCUCCAAGUUUUGUAAAGUCAAGUGAAGAAAAAUUGAACGAAACUACAAGCCGGUCGGAAGAAAACUCAGAGAAAACCGAGUCUUCAACGUUGAACAGUGGGACCAAUUUCAGUGAAAAAAGCAGAUCAUUUGGUGGAGGUUUUGGUGGAAACACGUUUAUUCCGUCUAACAACACAACAGUCCGCGAAGGAGAUAAAACGGAAGGAUCGAAUGUACCGUUCAUGUCAGGUCCGCCGCCAUCGAUGAGAGGAGGAUUUCAGGGUGGAUAUAGAGGCGGACGUGGUGUCGGAGGAGGACAAAUGGAUUUCGGUGGUCCCGGUCAAGGACCAAUGGGGCGCGGAAGAGGUCAAUCGAAUCAACAAUUCAUUCCACAACAGAGAGCUCCACCACCGUCAUUUCCCAGCCAUCAGAAUUCACAAAUUGUCAAACCGGAUCCAAAGUAUAAAUACACAAAGUCAACUGACGAUGAUCAUGAAAAAGUUCCGAUUCCGGCUGAUAUUGCGCUUCUCAAUAAAUUCAUUCAAAAAGAAGUAAAGAUGAUGAAGGAUACAGUAGUCGAUGUUCAAAGACAAGAUCCAAAAUCUCCACUUUACUCAAUUUCGUCGUUCCGGGAGCUUCGCCUCAAGCCCGAAGUCCUGCAGGCACUCGAUAAUCUCAACUUCCAAUUUCCAACAAGAAUUCAAGAAACUGCUUUGCCGUUACUUCUCAUGGAGCCACCAUCCAACUUGAUUGCACAAGCUCAAUCGGGUACAGGAAAAACAGCCGCUUUUGUGCUCACUAUGCUUUGCAGAAUUGACGUGAAUUUGAAGUGUCCACAAUGUAUAUGUUUGGCUCCUACGCUCGAAUUAGCUAAGCAGAUUGGAGAAGUUGUCGAAAAAAUGGGAAAAUACAUGGAGAAUCUGAAGAUUCAUUAUGCGAUUAAAGGAGGGAACAUGGCGGCCAUGCGAGGAAGAAAGCUAACAGAACAGAUUGUUAUCGGAACUCCAGGAAUUACACGUGAUUACUUACAAAAGUACAAGUGCAUUGAUCCUAGCCAGAUUCGUUGUUUGGUUCUUGACGAAGCAGACGUCAUGAUUUAUCAUCAAGGAUUCACCGACAUUUCAACAACUAUCUAUAACAUGGUCGAAGAAGCCUCAGAAUCCGUGCAAUCCAUGUUAUUCUCUGCUACGUACGAUCAACCUGUGAUAGAUUUUGCUACGAAAAUCAUCAAAAAUGCUAUUGUAGUCAUGUUGAAACGAGAGGAACAAGCAUUGCCAAACAUAAAACAGUUCUAUGUUCAGUGUGCAUGUAGAGAUUCGAAAUAUGCGGCUAUCGUCAACUUAUACAGUGGACUUGCUGUCGCCUCAUCUGUCAUCUUCUGUCAUACGAAGGCUAGUGUUAUGUGGUUAUACGAGAACAUGAAAGCACGUGGACACAAGGUCGAUGUGCUUCACGGAGAUAUGACUGUAGUCGAACGAGCUGAUACCAUCAUUCGUUUCAAACGAGGCGACUUCAAAGUACUUAUUACUACAAACGUGUUUGCUCGUGGAAUUGACGUGGCACAAGUGUCAGUAGUAAUCAAUUACGAUUUACCAAUCAAGUACAAUGAUGAAAAUAAUCCGAUGGUGGUCGACGGAUUCACACAACCUGAUUGUGAAACUUAUCUUCAUCGUAUUGGAAGAACAGGAAGAUUUGGAAAGACCGGAAUCGCCAUUAAUUUGAUUGACUCGGAAGACUCAAUGAAUAUGAUUAAUGUGCUUGAGAGCCAUUUCCAAAUGAAAAUUGCACGAAUGGAUCCAUCAAAUAUUGUGGAGUUGGAAGCCAUAGAAGCGGCAUAA